GGAGUUCACCCUCGAAAAUAAGGUUUUGGUGGCGCGCUGCCGCGCAUGCGUCCAGUUAUUUCAAUUGAAAUUAAUCGGGUCGAAUUUAUGAUCUGGAGAGGGAGAGAGACAGGGAGAGGGAGAGAAUGGCGCGAGGUACGAAGAAGGACGCGGGCGGCGUCGCACCGUCGGAGGAAAAUCUGGAGGUCGCAGAACGGAAGAGGCUGAAGAAGUUGGCGUUGACGAAGAACAUAUUGUCUGAAACUGCUGCUUCUGCCAGUGCUAGUGCGUUCUCGCCUCUUAGCCCUUCGAAGACGGUGCUCAGGCACCAUGGCAAGGACAUUAUCAAGAAGUCCCAGAGGAAGAACAGGUUCCUCUUCUCCUUUCCUGGCCUUUUCGCCCCAAUUGCUGGUGGUAAGAUUGGAGAGCUCAAGGAUUUAGGCACCAAGAACCCCGUUCUCUACCUUGAUUUCCCUCAGGGUCAAAUGAAGUUGUUUGGGACUGUUGUUUAUCCAAAGAACAGAUAUCUCACCCUGCAAUUCUCUAGAGGUGGGAAGAAUGUGAUGUGUGAGGAUUGCUUUGAUAAUAUGAUUGUAUUUUCUGAUGCACAGUGGAUAGGGAAAAAAGAUGAAAACCCUGAUGAAGCCCCCCUUGAGUUUCCUAAGGAACUGAAUGAGGGACAUGCCGAAUAUGAAUUUAAAGGUGGUGUAGGUGUGACAUCUGCAACUAAAUUAGGUGGUAAUAGACCAGGAACAAAAAUUGUGGAACAACUGUCUCCAAAAGCUGAACUGGGAGAUGAUUUAUCAGAUGGCGAAAAGAAUUCUAAAGACUUAACAGAGACAACCCCAGUCCGACAUUCUACGAGAACUGCUGGGAAAAAAUUCAAUUUUGCAGAAGGCUCUUCUGAGGAUGAUUCAAUUGAAGACGAGGAUAUGUUAUCUGAGGAAGAAGAAAUGAAAGUUGGUACGAAGCUUGAUUUUUCAAGCGAUUGUAGUCAUGAUAAGGCUCAAAAAACAGUGCUUGACAUUGACAAAGAAGAUGCUGCAGCAACAAAUCAAUUUCCUCUGCAAAAGCAAGAAUCUAGUACGCCAGUGACAAAGUCUAAGAAAUUUCUUCAAUCUACUACGAACAAGUCUGAUGGACUAACUCACAACAACCAUGGUUCACUUGUUCAAGCUACCAUAUCAUCGUUAUUUAAGAAUGUUGAGGACAAGGUCUGUGCACUUCCUGAAAGUCCUCACAUACAGAAGGGCCGAAGAAAUCUAAAAAAGACACCAUCUCUGAAAGCUUCUGGUCAGAAGUCACAGCAUAUGAUUGGAACAAAGCAGAAGGCGAAUAAGGCUGAGGGACCAAGGAAAAAGGCAAAAAUGACUGAUGAUAGAAAAGCUGGAGAGGAAAUCAUAAAGAAGAACAAUAAGUUUGAGGUUUUGGGGAGGAUGGAGACAGUUUGGUUUUGUGGAGCAAUCUCAUAAUGAAUAUGGUUGGGAAGGAAUGUGACUAUUUUCAUGUGCAAGAAGGUCAUGGUCUUUGUUAUGGGAAAGGAUUCAUUAUUGGGCUUCACUUUGGUCUUUUGCAGCUAGAAAGGGGUCUCUUUUUGGGUUUACAAUGAGAUUUGGAAGCGGUUUAAUUGUAGUUUCCUUUUUGUUUUCCUUUCCAUGUGAGGAUGCUUUAUUCUCAUUUUUGUGCAUUCUUUCUAUUU